ACGCACUUCCCGUCCUCGCCCCCCCAAAAAACAGACAAAACAAAAAGAAUGGUCCCUCAACAACAACAGGAUGUCGAUCACAGGCGUCGAAAACAGACACUAGAACGGGCAAAAGUGAACCACCUAUCGAAGCAGCUGCAGAUGCGUCUACGGUAUGCGAGGCUCAAGGUAGAUUACGGUUGGCAACGACAAAGUCUGAAUGAGGUGGAAAACCUCUACUUUCACCAUUCACACCUUCGCACCUCACGAGUAGCACCACCACCAGCCACCGUGACGAAGCCGCACACGACAAAUGUUGGUGAUGCGAAAGAAGUCUCCUCGCUCGUAUCUAUGCUCGUAGACGAUCUCGUCACAAGUUCGCAGCCAACAGACUCAUCUAGCAAUCCGGACCGGGCGUUGGCACUCCAGAUGUCGGAGCCGUCUAUGAUCGAUAACAUCAUGGAUCCUUCUCGUUCAACUGCCAUAGGUACGUUUGCGUCAUCGAGUCUGCCGGUCACGCAAACGACUCGCCUAGAACAAGAUCAGCCCUUGGACACCUCAUCACAGCCGUCCCAAUCGCAACCCAAUCCAGCUGUCGCAACGCAGAGUACGAACACGAACGUGCAGAUGCAGUCACUAACGCCGCAAGCAGUUCAGGCAGCUUCGUCAAGCUAUUCUCUUCCUAUGCUUGCUCUCUCAGAUCCUUCGAUCUUGAUCCGACUUGUGCAGUUGCAGUCACAGGCAUUGGGAAUGUCUCAAUCGCAGCCUCAACCACAGACGAAAUCACCGGCAGUGGGACAGUCGUUAUUAUUAUCUCAUCCAUCUUCUGGUCCCAUCUCAUUAACUCCUUCCACCCAAGCUGGACAAACUCUUGCGCCGCAGCUGUCCCUAUUAUCUUCACAACCCCCCCAUUCGACUUUACAACCGUCGAUAUCCCUUCAGCCCCAAGUUACAUUAGCAUCCACGCAAGCAUCAACUCCAGCGUCGUCACCAUCACCAGUCCCAGCAUCCUCACAACAACAACCACAAUCAAGUGCCCCAAACCCAAGCCUAACCAUGUCAUACCCAGCUUUGUCACACGUGCCACUGUCGAUUGCACCGUCAUCUACAACCCCAGUGCCGACGCCAUCACCACCGCCGCAACCCCUAACAGCAGCUACAAUAGUCCCAUCAUCGUGCACGCCAAGCACGUCAGGACUCACAUCCACGUCGACACCCCCAUUAACAUACGACUCUUUCUGGUCUACACACAUCUCGGCAGCAGGCAUGACGCGCCCACUUUACCGGACUCACGGAGGUUUCUCUGCAAGUGCGAACAGCGUGGGACACGUCGCGAUGUUGACUCCCGGUGGCCAUACGGCGGUGAUGACGCAAGAGGGAGUGUAUGUAGGGGGUGCGACGGUUGGGAGGGCAGGUGUAUAGAUUUUGAGCUAAGAAAGGGCAAGGAUGUGAAUGGAUGUAUGUCUUUGGUUUCUCUCAGUCGUUUUCAGGCUUGAUCAAGGUCUUAUCGAUGGUCGCGAUUAACCAGGUGGGAUUAAACAUACAAUACUCACCAGCAUUGUUUAAUAUACAAAUGUUCUCUCUUGCACACGGUUCGUCCACUUGAGCGUU